CUCGUAACUUCCACAUCCACACGGCGCAUGCAUGGCGAGCUUGCUUGAUUGCACCACCAACAGCGAACGCAGCUCAGUCACGAGUCCGAGCGCAUCAAGCUUCUUUCUCCUGGAUUUUCUCGUCCCUGGAAGCCUGCAAGACCUUUUGAUCUACCUGCUGCGCAGUGCCCGUGAUCCUCAGCUUGGCCAGUGCUGCCACCCAACGCCAUUCGUGAUUUGCGAGAGCACUCGACAAAGGGCGCUUUGCAAUCCGGAAAUCCUGCCCGCUGGCAAUCUACAAUGCCGAAGCAUGCGCAGCCCAGAAGGAGCGUGGCAGUCAGAGCGCCAAAGCCGCUGCCUCCGGCCGCUGUAGCUAAAGCUGGCGAGGGCUCGAACGUGGUGGGAGCAAGUGUCGGUCCGCUUGGGAUAGGUUCAAGCAUCAGCACAGUCGAAGACAGCAGCUCAUCGCUCAUGGACGGGGCAGAAGCAGCUCCUUCGACUGAAAAGAAACCCUUUGCUCAACCUUUGCCGCCGAAAGGUGUGAGAGCUAUUCAUAGACCCCCUCAUGAUCCUAAAGUCGCUAGUGCUGCGGAAUGGAACUCUUUAUUGUGCUGGGCUAGGAGACAGCGUGGACCUCAGUGGGAUGAGAGCACCGGAUUCUGGCAGGUAGACAAGAAUAGCGCAGCGUACUACGCUUUCAGCGCUCGACCGGCAAUCAAUACUGCGCUAGACAAGACGAACAAAGUCUCUAAUUGCGACAUUGCAAGUGAAGAUGUUCAGGCGAUGCAGGGUGUCAUCGGUGCGGGAGGAUCAAAUGACAAUCUAGCGUCGAAGGGCGAAGAGCACGAAGGAGGGAUGGGAUCUGCGAACCAUCAGACCUCGUUUGAUGAUGGCAGCCCUCCUCCCGUGGGACCAGGACGAGCGGGGCGUCGGAGAUGACGACGGCGUUCCAUACUUGCGUAUGCGCAAACGAGCGUGGAUGCUACAUGAUUAAGCCAGGGAUCAUGAGUCUCCACAUUUCCGCAGGCACACUGAAACGUCCCCUGAGCCUGCAUCAAGAGCACUUGAACGGCUGGCCCAAACAAGACCGUAUAGCCUUGUAAACUGUAUUGACCAUUGUAACGAUAUUCAUGAUUACAUUGCCUACAAAUCGUCGGCUGCACUCUUGGUCAAUCGUACACGAAUUUUGCCGAUGAAU